AAUCUCCAACUUUCAAUCUAAAGUCAUAUUUUCGAUAAUCAAAAUGUGUUUUUGUAUGCAAAACCAUAAUACCCCGACCCAUUUGGUUCGGGUCAUACCCGUUUACCAAUCCGGGUCUUAGGGUUUUUACCUCAAAAACCCUCAUCUACAUCCUUCCUUCACUUUCCGGGACCCCCCAAUCUCUCUCUCUCUCUCUCUAAAAAUGGGUAGCAACCAAGCAGUAUCAUUCCUCACAAACAUCGCACGCGCCGCCGUUGGUCUCGGUAUAAGCGCGUCGAUACUCAAUUCCUCUCUCUACACCGUCGACGGUGGCGAACGCGCUGUCCUCUUCGACCGUUUCUCCGGCGUAAAAGACGAUACAAUCGGCGAAGGUACACACUUCCUUAUCCCAUGGCUACAAAAGCCUUUCAUUUUCGAUAUACGUACUAGGCCUCACACAUUCUCCUCCGUAUCCGGUACGAAGGAUCUCCAGAUGGUUCAUCUUACUUUGCGUGUUCUCUCACGUCCUGAAGUUAUGCGUCUUCCGUACAUAUUCAAAACCCUAGGACUCGAAUACGACGAGAAGGUUCUUCCUUCGAUCGGUAACGAGGUGUUGAAAGCUGUUGUAGCUCAAUUCAAUGCGGAUCAGUUGUUAACUGAGCGUCCGCAGGUAUCAGCGUUUGUACGAGAGAGCUUAAUUCGACGUGCUAAGGAUUUUAAUAUAGUUCUAGACGACGUAGCGAUUACGCAUUUAUCGUAUGGUGCGGAGUUUUCGAAAGCUGUGGAGCAGAAACAGGUGGCGCAGCAGGAGGCUGAGAGGUCGAAGUUUGUUGUGAUGAAGGCGGAGCAAGAGAGGAGAGCGGCGAUUAUUAGGGCGGAAGGGGAGAGUGAAUCGGCUAAGUUGAUUUCGGAUGCUACAGCUGCUGCGGGGAUGGGGUUGAUUGAGCUGAGGAGGAUUGAGGCGUCGAGGGAAGUUGCUGCGACAUUGGCUAAGACGCCGAAUGUGGCUUACUUGCCUAAGCAAGGGAAUAUGCUUUUGGGACUCAAUGCUACGCGUUGAGUAGGUAAAUUAGGUUUAUUAUGUUGAGUUUAAUUUGCUUUCGAUAGUUACUGUGAAAAUGUGCUGAAUGGAAUCAAAAAAUGAUGAAACUUAUGGGGAAUCGGGAUGAAUAAAAUAAGGACAUUUCUUUUU